AUGGAAGGAGAAUGCCUCUGCAAAGCUGUCGCCGUCAAGGUCAACGACGACAACCUCUUCGGUGAACAGCGGCGGGGCCACAUCUGUCACUGUGCCAAUUGUCGCAAAGUCGCUGGUGGCAUCUUCGGCGUCAACCUGACCAUCGAGCAAGAAAAAGUCGAGUUCCCCAAGGGCAAAGGCAAUCUCAAGAUGUACUCUUCUUGUGCUUCAGGUGUGAACUCUGCUCUGACAAGGUACAUGUACAACAAACAGGACCCGGAAACGCUGAGCGGAACCCCGGUGCAACGGUAUGGCGGUGAUCCGAGUCUCCACGACCUCCCUUAUAUUCGUGCUUUCUUCGCUUUGCGGGACCCCAAUAAGUUUCCAGACCUGACCCGAGGUUCGCCACCAGGUAUUUCUGCCAGACGUGCGGCGUGCCCAUCAUGA